CAGGGGCCGACACCAGGGGGUUUUCGAAGCAGCUGUCACGAUGCUGGGCUCCCUCGUGUUGAGAACAGCGCCGGCGCCGCGGCUCCUCCUCCGGCUACUCAGGUCCUCAUCGCUCCGGAGCCAUGGAGGUGCCCCCGAUCGGAGCAUGACCACCGGGGACCGCGGUGAGCCGCAGUGGCUGAGGGAGGCCGCUUGGGGGCGCCCUGGAACAACGCCAACCUUGCUUCCCGGCCGAGGGGCAGCCACCUGGGGGCGCCGAGAAGGACUCACCGAGAUCCAUUGCCUCGCGGCCGCCACGUGGGGACGCCUUCCUAGUCCCGAAGAAACAGUCCCGGGACAGGACAGCUGGCAUGGGGUUCCCAACAGGUCCGGACUGGGCAUGUGGGUCCUGGCCACAGCGCUGGUGGUUCAAUGCUACAGCAAGAGUCCAUCCAACAAGGAUGCAGCCCUGAUGGAAGCUGCUCGUGCCAACAACAUGCAAGAAGUCAGCAGGCUUUUGUCAGAAGGUGCAGAUGUCAAUGCAAGGCACAAACUUGGCUGGACAGCACUCAUGGUGGCAGCCAUCAACCGAAAUGACAGUGUGGUGCAGGUCCUACUUGCUGCUGGGGCUGACCCAAACCUUGGAGAUGAUUUCAGUAGUGUUUAUAAGACCGCCAAGGAGCAGGGAAUCCAUUCUUUGGAAGUCCUGGUCACCCGAGAGGAUGAUUUCAACAACCGGCUGAACAACCGCGCCAGCUUCAAGGGCUGCACAGCCCUGCACUAUGCUGUCCUUGCCGAUGACUACCGCACCGUCAAGGAGCUGCUUGAUGGAGGAGCCAACCCCCUGCAGAGGAAUGAAAUGGGACACACACCUUUGGAUUAUGCCCGAGAAGGGGAGGUGAUGAAGCUUCUGAGGACUUCUGAGGCCAAGUACCAGGAGAAGCAGCGGAAGCGUGAGGCUGAGGAGCGGCGCCGCUUCCCCCUGGAGCAGCGACUGAAGGAGCACAUCAUUGGCCAGGAGAGUGCGAUCGCCACGGUGGGUGCUGCAAUCCGGAGGAAGGAGAAUGGCUGGUACGAUGAAGAACACCCUCUGGUCUUCCUCUUCUUGGGAUCAUCUGGAAUAGGAAAAACAGAGCUGGCUAAGCAGACAGCCAAAUAUAUGCACAAAGAUGCCAAAAAGGGCUUCAUCCGGCUGGACAUGUCUGAGUUCCAGGAGCGACAUGAGGUGGCCAAGUUUAUCGGGUCCCCACCAGGCUAUGUUGGCCAUGAGGAGGGUGGCCAGCUGACCAAGAAGUUGAAGCAGUGCCCCAAUGCCGUGGUGCUCUUCGAUGAAGUGGACAAGGCCCAUCCGGAUGUGCUCACCAUCAUGCUGCAGCUGUUUGAUGAGGGCCGGCUGACAGAUGGGAAAGGGAAGACCAUCGACUGCAAGGAUGCCAUCUUCAUCAUGACCUCCAAUGUGGCCAGCGACGAGAUCGCACAGCACGCUCUACAGCUGAGACAGGAAGCUCUGGAGAUGAGCCGCAACCGUAUCGCUGAAAACCUUGGGGAUGUCCAGAUUAGUGACAAGAUCACCAUCUCAAAGAACUUCAAGGAGAAUGUCAUUCGCCCCAUCCUGAAAGCUCACUUCCGGAGGGAUGAGUUUCUGGGACGGAUCAAUGAAAUCGUCUACUUCCUCCCCUUCUGCCACUCGGAGCUCAUCCAACUAGUCAACAAGGAACUGAACUUCUGGGCCAAGAGAGCCAAGCAAAGGCACAACAUCACACUGCUCUGGGACCGCGAGGUGGCAGAUGUGUUGGUUGACGGCUACAAUGUGCACUAUGGUGCCCGCUCUAUCAAGCAUGAGGUAGAGCGCCGCGUGGUGAACCAGCUGGCAGCAGCCUAUGAGCAGGACUUGCUGCCAGGGGGCUGCACUCUGCGCAUCACCGUUGAGGACUCGGACAAACAGCUACUCAAGAGCCCUGAACUGCCCCAGGCUGAGAAGCGCCAACCCAAGCUGCGGCUGGAGAUCAUCGAUAAGGACAGCAAGACCCACAAGCUGGAUAUCCGGGCACCUCUGCACCCUGAGAAGGUGUGCCACACCAUCUAGCAUCUACCUACCUGCCUUCAUGUUUCCACAUCAUCCAAUAAAGGCCCCUUGGCUGUGGCAUGUGGCAGCUGACCUAUCUUCCGCUCACAUGCUCACCCCCUCACAGCCCCUGGAAGACCCCUCCGUAGCCCCAAAGCCUGAAGAAGGAAUUUUGCCCUACCCUGGCCCCUAUGUUAUGGGUCCAUAAGCUGCUUACAAGUCUGCAGGAGAGGAGCUGCCUUUUCACUCCCUUCAAGGCAAGGAGGAGGGAGGUCCCUUACCUCUAUCCUUCAGCAUGAUUCCCAUACCCUUACAGUUGAUGGAACUUUAUCAUGUUCCCAGGAAGCUCCGAAGUAUGGCAGCUGAGAACAGAUCUGGCUGGAAGAAGAUAGGGACCAGGCUGUGACCUGCUACCUUCUGCUUGCCCUCUAAUCAACUCAGUCCCCAGAACGUAACCCCUGAGAGAGGAAGAAGAGUGGAGAGGACCAGGCACAGGCAGUUCUGCAAUUUAGUCUAUAGCCACCUCUUUCCCAUGCCCUAAAAUUCUAAGGGGAAGGGCCCAUAGAACCUUUCCCCUUUCCACUGCUGUAUCAUGCCCAUUGUUCCUUUCCACCCCAUGUUCUGGGAACUGGCUAGACCAUGUUUCUCCAGCCUUGGGACUAGGCCAGUGUAGGGCACCUCUAGGAGUGGAGCUGACUGGUUCAUUACCCUGCCCUACUCAGACUGGACAGAAGUCCCAGAUGACCAAGCAAGCUCAGCUACAGGGGCCUCCUUCAGGAGACUAACAAUGUAUAUACAUUGGGAAGCUGUAGGGGGAGAGAUUAUGGGGUUAGGCUCUGCCCAGAUGGCCACGGAGUCUGCUUCAGCCUACAUAUACUGCUGUCCUAGCUAAGUUAGCCUGGAAUAAACAAGCAAUGUAUUCAGUCUGCAUGUUAGUCACUAAGCAGAAGGUCUGGACACUCCUCAGACCCAAGGACAUUCCUCAGACCAGCUGUUUCAACCUCAGCUUAGCAGGCCACAGCAAGGCCCAGUGCAUCUUUGGGCACCAUCUGUUGUAGCCACCACUGAUAACCACUCCUUCUACCCUCUACCUGCAGGGCCUUUACAGAACCCUCCUGUGGUGUUAGCCAGUCUCUUUCAGGAAGUAGAGGAUGGUGGCAGGAAUCAAAGUCCAUUGGGCAGUGGAAGAAUGACAUAACAGUAUGGUGGGUAUGAGGCAGUCAGAAGCCAGGGCAUGGGCUCCAGCAGAUGCUCCGCCAAUCAUCCCUCAGGAACUGUGUUGGCUGCUCCCUACCUCAGUGACUGCAGUUCUUUCUGUUGUUGCUUUUUACUUUUUAUUUUGAAAUUAUUUUAGACUCAGAAAGUUGCAAAAAUAGUAGAGUUCCCAUAUGUUCUUUACCCAGCUUCUCCUAAUAUUAACAUCUUAUAAAACUAUACUGUAAUGAUUAAAACUAGGAAAUUAAUAUUAAUGCAGUACUACUAACAAGCCUAUAGACAUUCUAAUUUUGCCAGUUUUCCCCCUGAUGUUCUUUUCCUGGCCCAGGAUCCCACACUGCAUCUUGUUGUCAGGUUUCCUUCAUCUCCAUCAGCCUGUGGCAGUUUCUCCAUCUUUCUUUGUCUUUCAUGACCUUGACACUUUUGGAGAGUCCAGGCUGGUUAAUUAUAGAAUGUCCCUUAACUUGGGUUUGUCUAAUGUUUUUGCACAAUCAGAUUGAGGGUCUGCAUUUUUGGCAAGAUUACUGCGGAAGUAAUGUUGUGCCCUUCUUAGUGUCUUCGAGCAGGGGGUGAUGUUAACUUUGACCACAUGGCUAAGGUGAUAUGUGCCAGGUUUCUCCACUGAGAAAUUAUAAAUUUUCCCUUUGAAAUUAAUAAGAAAAAAAAGAAAUUAAUAAGGAUCUUCUGGGGAGAUGCUUUGAAGCUGUGUAAAUGUCUUCUUUAUCCUUAGAAUUUUGCCUACAGAUUUUGGCAUCCAUCAUCAAUGGUUCUUGCUUACAAUUAUUAAUGUUGUAUUUGCCUAAUGAUUUUGAUUUCUUAUUUCAUGUAUAUUUAUUAAUUGGUAUUCUACUGUAAGGAAGAGCCAUCCCUUUUCCCCCAUUCAUUUAUUCACAUUGAUAUCAACAUGAACUAAUGAAUAUUUGUAUUAUUCUGUGGGUUAUAAUCUAAUACUAACAUAGUUUUAGAUUAUAAUAAAUACUAAUAGUUGCUCAAAUUGGCCCAGAUUUGGCCACUGGGAACCCUCUCAAGUUGGCUCCUGUGUUGUUUCAACAUUGCCCCCAUCAUUUUUUGAGCACUUCUUACUUUCCAGCACUACAAGGUGUUCCAGGCUCACUCACAUUUUCCCUGUCCCAGCCCUGACAUCAGCCACUUCUUUAAGAAGCUGUGGCAGGUGAUUUAAAUUUUAUCCUUUUAAUAGAUUGUUUUUUAAUUAAGCUUUUUAAUUGAAAUAUACAAUUGACCCUUGAACAGCAUGGGUUUGAACUGCACAGGUCCACUUAUACAUGGAGUUUUUUCAAUAAAUAUAUUGGAAAAUUUUUUGGAGAUUUGCAACAAUUUGAACCUAGAAAUAUCAAAAAAUUUUAAAGUUAGGUAUGUCAUGAAUGCAUAAAAUAUAUGUAGAUAGUAUAUAUUAUCAUUUACUACUACCAUAAAAUAUGCACAAAUCUAUUAUAAAAAAUUAAAAUUUAUCAAAAGUUAUGCACACACAGACCAUGGCACCAUUCACCAUUGAGAGAAAUGUGGAAAACAUUUUCUCUUUUCUAGCUUUAUCAUAAGAACAUAGUAUAUAAUACAUAAACACUAAAAAUAUGUUAACUGUUUAUGUUACUGGUAAGGCUCCCAGCCAACACUAGGCUAUUAGUAGUUAAGUUCUAGGAGAGUCAAAAAUUAUAUGCAGAUUUUUGACUACACAGGGUAUUGACACCCCUAAGCCCUGCAUUGUUCAAGGGCCAAUUGUGUAUAUAUAUAGAAAAGUGCACAAAUCACAAGUAUAGAGUUUAAUGAAUUAUUACAAAGUGACCACACACCCCAGUAGCUAUCACUCAGCCCAAAAUAUAAACUGCUUCAGACCAUGGGAAAAGAUGGAGAGAUACUGAAUGGAUUUUUUUUUUUUUAAGCCAGUGUACUCAAUCCCGAUAAAGUGAUAAAAAGAAUACCAUAGCUUAAUCUCACCUAUGACUGUAGAUGCAAAAAUUCCAAAUAAAAUCAAAUUUGAACUAUACACCAUAAUCACAUAAAGUUUAUUUCAGCAAUACAGGGCUCAGUGUCAGGAAAUUUAUUAAUAUGAUUAACCACAUCAAGAACUUAAAUAUUAUUUAGAUGUUUAGAGUAAUAGUGUUGGUGUUAAUGUUUUUCUUUUUUUUUUUUUAAGAUGACCGGUGAGGGAAUCUUAACCCUUGGCAUGGUGUGUCAGCACCAUGCUCACCGAAGUGAGCUAACUGGCCAUCCAUAUAUAGGAUCCAAACCCAGGGCCUUGGUGUUCUCAGCACCACACUCUCCCGAGUGAGCCACAGGCCGGCCCUGGUGUUAAUUUUUUAAUUUUUAUAAUUAUACUAUGAUUAUGGAAAAGAAUGUCCUUGUUUUUAGAAAAUUACACAAGUAUUGAGAGGAAACUUUAAAUUUAAAUUUAAAUUAAACUUUAAAUUUUUUAUAUACAUAAAUACAUACCCAUACAUAUAUAUGAGAGUAUUUCAAAAAGUUUGCUGAAAAAUAAAAUUAAAAGAUAAUACAAAUCUUUCCAUGAACUUCUUAAAGUACCCUUAUAGGUAUGUACACACAUACAUAUAUACAUACACAGAAUGAUAAAGCAAAAGUAAAGUAUUAACAUUUGGGAAAUCUGAGGGAAGGGUAUACAGGAAUUCCUUGUUGUUGCAACUUUUCUGUAAAUCUAAAAUUAUUUUUAAAUAAAGUUUUUUAAAUGAAAGGAGAUGAAACAUGAUUAAAUCAGUAUAGGCUGAAAUCAUUUGGUAAAAUUUUGCAGCUUUAAGUACGAUUUGAUCAAAUUAAAGCUCUAAGGAAAAUGAUUUGAAUAUGAUAGAUCAUCAGAAACCAAUAGCAAACAUCAUUUUAAAUUGUAACUACUAAAACCAUACCAAAGUCUGAAAAAGACAGGAUUUAAUGUUGCUCUGAAGGUUCAGAUAAGAGCAAUUAGGGAAGAAAAUAAAUCAGUGUAAAUAUUGGAAAAUAAUAAAUUAUCUUGUUUUGCUGAUAUAUGACUAUGUAUUUAGAAAAUCCAAAAGGCUUAUAGUAAAAACCUAUUAGCAUUAAUAAGGAAAUUUGUAAGUGACUGAAUAAAAGAUAAAUGUACAAAAAUCAGUCACUUUUCUCUGUUCUAGCAAUAAUCACCUAGAAAUAGUAACAGAAGAAUUGAAACAAGUAGGUGUGUAUAUUUGCUCAUAUAUACAUAAACUACCUCUGGAAGAUUGGGUGAUUGAGGGACAGCAACAGGAGGGAAACUUCACUAUAUUACUUUUUAAUACCUUUUUUAUUAAGUUUUGAACCAUAUUAAUGUAUUGCCUAUUCAAAAUUACAAAAUACUGAAGAAUAACAAGAAAAUUAUAUUGAAUGGCAUAAGACAAGAUUGGACAAGUGAAAAGCUUUGUUCUUGGAGAAGAUGACUUAAUUAACAUCAUUAAAAUGUUGAUUCUUAGUAUAUAAUUAAAUGCAAACCUAAUGAGGCUCAACAGCAUUUUUAAUUGAAUAAAGUUAACUAAAGUCA